CGCUCAUAAGGUAUAGAGUUUAGAUUGUUUUGUUUUUGCCUGAGCCCUAGAUCCGCCACUCAUAGCCUUGCCACGUUAGUCGACACGCUAUCAGCAGUAACCCGAACGCCUAUCAGUCCAUCUCUUGCCGCAUUCGACUUCGUCCAUGCCAUCACAAGCGCAUCGUGUCUAGCAAGCCAGUCCAGACCACCAACCACCUACCACCCAAUACGCCUACACGACACGCUACAUAAGAGCGGCAAUCCGCACCGACGCCAUCCCGCGCAAUGGAAGAAAAGGCGCCCCUCCUCCCGAACUCGCACGUCGAUGCAAACGCGCCGCCGCCCGACGAGACCAUGGUAUCGCGCAAGACAAGGAAGACACGCCUCCAGAUGGCGGCUGUCGUGUUGGUGUUCAGUCUAUUCUUGCUUGCGCGCACAUUUACCUGUAUGGACGCACACGACGAAGCCGACACCAAAGUGCCAGUAGACGUGCACAUCAUGUCCAAAUGCCCGGAUGCGCGGGACUGCCUGAAGAAGCUCGUCUUGCCCGCCAUGGCCAACGUGUCAGACAAAGUCGACUUCCGUCUGAGCAUGAUCGGAAGCCUAACAGCAGACGACGGCGUCGAAUGCAAACACGGCCAAACCGAAUGUCUAGGCGACAUCGUCAUGCUCUGCGCCGCCUCCGAGUACCCCGAUCCUAAACUCUACCUUGGCUUCACAAACUGCCUCACCAACGAUUACGCCGAGAUACCCGCUCGCUCCCUCAUCGAAGACUGUGCGCUGGAACACGGCCUCGACUUUGGCGUGCUGAAUGAUUGCAUGAGCAAGGAGAACGGCGCAUAUGGCAUGGGCCUGCUGAGGGACAGCGUGCAGCAUAGUAGCGACGUAGGCGUUACAACGAGCUGUACGGUCAGACUGGACAACAAGGUGCGGUGCGUAACGGACGGGGGAAAGUUCAAGGACUGCGAGGGUGGAAACAAGCCCGAGGACCUCAUUCGAGAUAUUGGGAGAUUAUACGACGAGGCACAGGGUUGGACAUACUCUUGAACAUAUUAUUUGGCAUUUUGGGCAUACGGUUCUGGCGUUUGGUUUUAGCGGUUCCGGCACGCAUCGUAGAUUGAUAUACCCAACACACCUCAGUUUCUCUUAUGA